AUGCUAUCGACUUGGGAGCUUCCGGAAGACGACCCGGAAGGCACUCCCUACAAGCGGGAUGAGGUGCACCUGCAGGGCUUCUUGGUGCCAGGCAGAGUGGAUGUCUACAAUGCCUUCGGCCAAACUGGACGCGAGAAUGCCGCCAUUCUUGGGAGGAACUCCGAUUUGUUUUUCGACAUGACGACGACGGCUCCUGUCCAAGCUGGCUCCGACCUGGUUCUGCAAGCACGAGGUGCUGGGCCGGAUGGAUUCAAAUUGUUCAGUGAAAGGGCAGAAUUGUGGACGCUCGACAGUGAGGGGGUCAACGUGGACAGAAAACUGGGGCAGUGGUACUGCGAAGACAUGAGGAGUCUCUUUGAUCCGGACAACGAGACUGCCAUGAAUUUGACGAAGGACAUGUAUCUGCCGCAUCGUUCAGCUUGCGAGUGGGACACUACACGUGAAGACCUGGUACGCAAUUUUGAUCGAAGUGAUCCAAAUGCCACUCGGGUGGCAGACACGUUGGUGCUUCGAAUCAACGAGGCAGCUCCGAUCGCCAGCAGUCUCCGGCUGCGGUUUCAGGUGCAGACGCCGGAAGACAGGACAAACUUCCUCGAAGAACGCUGGCACUUGACUGUGCAGCUGUACAACGAGAUCACGUCGGUGCUGGAAAUCAUUGCCACCAACGAUGGGGCGCCGGUGCCCCUGUCCGUGGUCACGCAGCUGCCCACCGAGCCAACACCAGAGCCCUCGAUGCUCGCGCCCCUGGCACGGGCCGAGGUGGUCUUCAUGUUGGACCCAUUGGACACUGGUGCCGAGGCUUUCGUUCUCACGGCUCCGCUUGGCUACACUUUCGUUCACCCCUGCCGGGUUCCUUUCCAGGAGAACCAAACCAACAACGUGGACGAGAUGCGCUGCUUGCCAUUGCCGGCCGCCAGUGGCCUGAGCCGUGCUCGCGUGGACUGUGAGGUUGAUCCAGCACUCCGCUUGGUGGCAGGUUUGGGCACGGAGUGCCUUCGUAAUGCACCCACUGUUGUGUACGUGGCGUCGCCAGAGGCAACGGUGCCAGACGCACAGAACGUGUGGUUCGUCGAAGCUGUCGCACUUGUAGGAACCAACUACACUUCGGUGGGGGAUCGGCUGGGAAGAGGGACGUUUACCGGUUUUGAGGUCGUGGACAUGGGGGUCCAGGUGGUUUAUGGUGCCCUUGCUUCGGUGCCAGUGGACGUGGGUGUGGCCUUCACCAGCCGUGUGGAUCUCCCGCGCCUCGGCCAGGUCGUCAUCGAAGGACCUCAGGAUCUGCAGCAGUUCAGCUGCGAAAACAAGCGUGGCCGGGUCUUGCCGGUGUCUCUGGGGCCUCUGGCACGAUGCCAAACAACCUCUUCCUUCCCACCAACGGUGGUUCUCACAUUGAACCAGAGCCUGCCAAGCAGCCUGCAUGUGGUCAUCAUACCUGCGGAGACCUCCAGACAGGACCCGCAGCCUUCGCGAAACGUCUUCAACGUCUUCCUCCGAGCUCCCGAUGGCCGGAAUAUGGACGUCUCGUUGACAGUUCCGGGUGAGCCGAUAGUGCAAGGCAUCCGCGCGAGUGUUUUACCCUUCUGGUGGACAGAGCUGAAGCAGUACGAUGAUUUCUUCGACGUGACGGUCCCUGUAGAGAUCCUGGACGAUGUCGAUAUCGAGUUGUGGGGCAUCCUUAUCGACUUUCCAAAGGACCCGGACUUCCAGCUCCACGCUCUUGACGUCCAGGUUUCUACAGCCUUUGGCGAGGGAAUUUACCUGCAGCCAGUUUCGCCAUUCAUUGGGCAAGCAGGUGGCAGUCGACUGCUGGUGCGGUUGGACCCCAAUCGGAAGCCUCGCACAGGCAUGAGCCUGAUCCAGUUUCCCGUGACCCGACCGUUUAGCCUGCCACUCUUCAACUUCUGGCGUGUUGCGUUGUGCGGUUCAGCAAUGGGCCCAAACGGUGAAGGCUGCGAGCUCGGUGAGGACCGCGAGGAUCGGGGCUGGGCACUGGAUGCUCAUGUCAGCUGUUCUCACAUGCGUGUUUCGGGCCACGACGGGCAGUACCUCACGAGCGCAGGGGCCGCUGGAAUGUGGACUCUCUUGCUGGUCCUUCUCGCCCCUCCCAGCCUUGGCAUGCGUGAUUGGGGAGGUGCCGCCAUCACCCGACUGACGGCGCAUCUCAGAGGAGCUUUCUCGGAUGAUGACACUAACACGCACGAACUUGGCACUUUGCUGGGAUUGGAGGACCUUGAUAAUCUGCGUGCUGGGGUCGCAUCUGCUCUUAGCAGUCCUUACUCGAUCGUCAGCUUCUCGACACCAGCGUGGGAGAUUCCGAUGGACAUGUCGGAGGAUCCGCCCUAUGCCGAUGCGUUUAGCAAGCUCAACUCCAGCUUCGCCCAGUAUGGAGCCACACACAACAGUAUCUACUUGUCGUCGAACUCUGGGAGGUUCAUGGAUGGAGUUCGGACUCUGGAGCAGACCGAUGGCUCCAGCGAGCAUGGAGCCCUGGGUUUUGGCGGUCAAAGGGUGUCAGCGGCAGAAAUGCAGGACAAUGCUGCCACGAAGCACUUGGUCGUGCAAGCAAGCUACCCUGGCGGCCCAGGAUACUUCGGACAUGCAAUAGACAACGUCUUUCCAAGAGUGCUGAGCAUCUUCCCGGGCGCCAAAAGUGCUGGCUACAAGCUUUCCGUGGUUGUUCCGAAGACGUCUCGCGAGUUUUUCAGUCACAACACCCAAGUCCUCUUUGAGCAGAUGGGCGUGGAAGUGCUUGAAGAGAUCCCUAAGACCCCCCACCGGAUGGCUGGCGUGACGAAUGUUGCAUCUUGGGAUCGACUCGUGCGACACAACACUCGGAACGUCAUCCGCGAUGAACUCUUCCGGGGCUUGACUCCAGCUGCUUGCUCGGGCGGCACAGCAGAUGGAGGAUCACAAGGUGCCUGGUCCAAGGUCUUCCUGUCUCGCCACAGCGGCACACGAAAUGGUCGCUCCGUCGAGGGUGAGGAGCUCUUGGAAGAGAAGCUGCGAAAGAACGGUUUUCAUAUCCUUGACGAUCCUGGAAGCAUGCCUGUACAUGAAUUGGCCAGGAAGCUUUACACGUCGACGUGCUGCUUGGCGGGCUUCGCCGGAACAGCGCUGCUGAAUCUGGUCUUCCUGCCGGAUGGAGCAAAACUCGUCGAGUACAAUCCCACAGGUUUGUACGCUGACUACUGGGAAUGGGCUCAUGCUCUGAACAUGAGCUAUGUUCACACCGUGCCAAGUCUCAGUAUUGGUGACGGAGAAGCUGACAAGCUUGCUGAGCUCGCUGCAUAG